AUGGGUAUUCUAGGUACCAAUUCCGCUGAGGAAGACAAAUUAAGAAAGGCUGCGGCUAAUACUUCAUCCGGCGAUGAAGCCAACCGUAGAAGAUCAGUAGGCUCCACCACUGGUUCCUCUGCUUACGAGACCGCUGACGAGGACUUGGAGUCAUUUGAAGCUGAACAGCAGCGCGGGUACGUCAACCAACCACAAGCUGACGGUUAUGACGAAGCAGCCGAUGUGACUGCUGGAGCCGACGACCUUGAGACCAUCCAGGACCACAGCGCGGCUACCAACAACAUCCUCCCUGAGCCAGAGACCACGUCCGACGCAGGCAUUUCCCACCAGGGUCCUCCAAUAUCCAGCUCAAACCUCCUGACUGAGGACAAUUCUGUGCACGAGUUCAUAAUUGAGCCAAACGUGCUCGAAGAGAGGUACAACGACAACUCCGAAGAUGCUCUCAACAGACGUAACACCAUCGAAAGAUUUGCAUCUCGUUUGACACUGGAGGCCGAAGGUGAAGCCGAGUUGUACAAAGAACUCACCAGAGUGUCUAGCAAAAGAAAGGUCAGGAUCCAAGACUUGACCUGGGAUAGUCCUGAGGACAAGGACAAUCCACAGAAUUGGCCAGUAUGGAGAAAAUGGUUCACCACACUCUCCGUGGCAUCUAUCUGUUUGACCGUUUCCUUGGGUUCCUCCUUGUAUACCAGUGGAGUUGAAGAAAUGGAAGUGUACUUUGGUGCUUCUCAAACAUUGAUCAUUUCGGGAUUGACCUUCUAUCUUGUUGGGUUAGCCUUAGGUCCCACCUUCACCGCACCAUUAUCCGAAUUGAUUGGCAGAAGAUGGAUCUAUGUGUUUUCCCUUCCUGUAUCGAUGCUUUUCACCAUGGGUGUCGGUUUAUCUAAGAACAUUGAAAGUGUUUUAGUAUUAAGAUUUUUCUGUGGAUUAAUCGCUUCGCCUGCUUUGGCAGUCGCUGGUGGUUCCAUCUCAGAUAUUUGGGCGCCAGAUCAAAUUGGAUUCGCCAUGGCUAUGUUCUGUUUGGCUCCCUUCUUGGGGCCAGUGUUGGGGCCAGUUGUAGGUAACUUUGCAGCCCAAAAUAAGGGCUGGAGAUGGACCAUGUGGGUUUCGUUGAUGUUCUCUGGUGCUAUUUUACCAUUUGUGUUGGUCUUACCGGAGACUUACAAACCUAUCAUUUUGGCUAAGAGAGCUAAGAAGAGAGGCAUCGAACUAGCUGUUCCAGAGAUGAAUAAGGAAUUCUUCAAGGUUACUGUCCUUGCAACAUUGGUCAAGCCUUUGGAAAUGUUGGUUGUUGAACCAAUUGUGAGCAUUUUCUCCAUUUACAUUGCCUUUGUUUUCGCUGUUCUUUUCGGUUUCUUUGAAGCCUUCCCUAUCAUUUUCGUUUCAGUUUACAGAAUGAAUCAAGGUGUCUCCGGUUUACCUUUCAUUUCAAUUGGUAUUGGUUUAAUUUUAGGGGUUGUUUUCUACAUCAUUGUCGACAAAUUUUACUAUUUCCCAAAGAAUCCAGAUGGAACAAGAGGUAAGAGAGAUGAAAAUGGGCAAAUGAUUUGGGAUGCUCCAGAGACUAGGUUACUUUUCGCCAAGGUUGGUUCAGUCUGUAUGCCAGCUGGUUUGUUCUGGCUAGGAUGGUCUUCAAGAACUUCAGUACAUUGGAUUGUCCCUACUAUUUCGGGUGCCUUCUUUGGUUUUGGUUUAAUUUUGGUAUUCUUCUCCACCAUUUUAUACUUUUCCAUGUCUUUCCCUCCACUGAAUGUUGCAUCGGCUUUGGCCGCAAAUAACUUUUUGCGUUAUAUCACAGCUGGUGUGUUCCCAUUAUUCACUGUGCAGAUGUACAAGAGAUUGGGAAUUGACUGGGCAUCUUCUUUAUUUGCUUUCAUUGCCUUGGCUUUAUUGCCAGUUCCCUUUGUCUUCGGUCAAUGGGGUCCAAAGUUUAGAGCCACCAGUAAGUAUGGUUAUGCUACACUUUUCCGCAAGAUGGCUGCAGAGAAAGAAGCUGCCGCUGCUGCUGCAGGAGAAAGCACAGCGGCUGGAAGCGAAGGUAGCGCCCCAGUACCAAAUGGAGACGAAUCUGUGACCUCAUCCAACAAGGGUACCGUAACAGAAAAGGGAGAGGAGUUGGCACCAGAGAGUGACGUUUCGCAUAAGGUUUAA